AUGGCCCCUGAGCACGGCGACAAGGACGAGGCGCCCAAGUCUCCGCCAGCUGCUGCUGCUGCUACCACGUCGCCCCGUGACGGCCGCUCCAGUACCCCAGAGGCUGCCAACGUGGUCGCAUCCAACCGCGACGGAAGCUACGCGCCCGCUGCUGAGGCUCCGCUUCCCUAUGACGACAGCGCGCCUCCGCUCCCAGACGAGCCCGUUCCUGAUGCCGAAGACGAUGGCUGGGAGAGCAAGUGGGACUACAACGCUGGCGCUUGGUACUUUUAUAAUCGCAAGACGGGUGUCUCGCAGUGGGAGAACCCCCGCGUACCAGAGGCUACCACCUCAUCCGCCAUAGCCUCAACCGCUGGCGCGCCUGGAACUAGUUCUCCCCGGCGCAAGUGGGGUGGAUACAAUCCCGCAAUCCAUGGCAGCUACGAUCCUAACGCAGACUACGCCAGGGAGGCCACCAAGGAAGAGGAAGAAGCAGAGGCAGCGGCGGAAGAGGAAGAAGCAGAGGCAGCGGCGGCCGCUGCCACUCUCAACGCACCAUACGGCGCGGGACGUGACUACUCCGCUACUGCUCAAUUUAACCGCUUCACUGGCAAGUUCCAACAAGCUGGCCAAGGACCGGAGCUUCACAACGACGAAAAUAAAAGCAAGAGGCAAAUGUAUGCCUUUUUCGACGUAGAUGCCGCUGCAAACAGCCACGACGGCCGCAGUCUCAAGGCAGAGCGCCGUGCAAAAACUCUCUCCAAGAAGCAACUCAAGGAAUACAACGAGAGGCGCAAGGAGAAGAAAGAAGAGAAGCGCAAAGCCUGGCUCCGCUCCGACUGA